AUGCUAUUAAAUAAAAUCAUUUUUCCAGCACCAAAACCACCACAUUAUACAAUAAUAUCACAUCAAAAUAAUUUAUUUUGGUUACCUUCUGAUUCAGUUAAUGAAUCACCUAUACCAUGUAUGUUUUAUUCACCGGAAAAUUCAUAUAAAAAAGUCGAAUAUUUUAUGAUAUUUUGUCAUGGAAAUGGGUGUGAUAUUGGUACAAUGCAGUAUACUUUAAGUGAAUUUAGUAAACACUUAAAUGUAUAUAUUAUAAGUUUUGAAUAUCCAUCAUAUGGAUUAUGUCCAGUACAAUCACCAAAUCAACAAACAAUUAAUAAUCAUGCUGAUCGAACAAUAAAUUUUGUUCAUAAUAUUAUUAAAUGGCCAAUUGAAAGAAUAAUUAUAUAUGGACAAUCAAUUGGUAGUGGUGCAGCAUGUUAUCUUGCAUCAACUCGAUCAAUUGGUGCAUUAAUAUUACAAUCUCCUUAUACAUCUAUUAAUAAUUUAGUACGAGAAAAAGUUGGAUUUCUUUCAUUACUAGUUAAUAGUCAUUCAUGGAAUAAUCUUGAAACAAUGAAACAUAUAAAAUGUCCUGUAUUAUUUAUACAUGGUUCAAAUGACACACUCAUACCACCGAAUCAUUCAGAAAUUUUACAUGAUGCAUGUUUAAAUAUUCAAGGAAAAAAAUUAAUUUUAUUACGUAAUGAAGAUCAUAAUUCAAUGACAGAAACAACACUUUUAAAGUAUAUAAAAUCAUUUAUAGAAAAACAAUGUAAAUUAAUUGAUAUAAAUAUGCAUUUACCUAUUGUCAAAAUUGAUGAAGAAUUACGUGAGCUACCAGAAAGUAUAACAAUAAAUAAUGCAAAUACUACUACUACUAGUAGUAGUAGUGUUUUAAGGUCUUUAACUGCAUUAUCAAAAGCUUCAACAGUUGCUACUAUGUCAACAAUACGAACAAUAUCUGGUAAAAAAGAUAAAUCUAAUGACAACGAAUAA